ACACACACACACACACACACACACACACACACACUUCCCUGACAGCUCUGGUUUUGUUUCUGGGUGAUGACAUCAUGACCGGGGCGUUACUGAAUGGGGGAAAUGUGGCAGACACACACACUCCUCGAUUCUCGCUCCUCUGACGCCCGAAGUCUUCAAACACCAUCGCUAGAGAUGGAGGCAGCUUCAGUCCACAGAGCUUCCUGUGUUUGUAUGAACCGUUAUCAGCCUUACUCCCACACCCCUUCCCAGCGCCGGUGCCUCUAGAGGGGCCCAUCGACCCAGGAUGCAGUGGGGCUCUGGUCAGGCCCAGCCCCAGCCACGAUGCCCAUCACCCAGGAGAACGCCCUGAGCCACAUCCAUCUACUGGAGGACUGGCUCCUGGUGGCUCAGACCAGGUACGAGGACCACUAUGGAGACCCAGACCAGCAGUCCACCACCAGCAGAGACCCAGACCAGCAGUCCACCACCAGCAGAGACCCAGACCAGCAGUCCACCACCAGCAGAGACCCAGACCAGGACUCGUACCAGGAGUCAGAACACGAGGAGGAUGCCUGCAGUACGGUCAGUGGCAGCACGGUCGGUGGCAGCACGGUGGGUGGCAGCACGGUCGGUGGCAGCACGGUCAGUGGCAGCACGGUCAGUCUCAGCACGGUCGGUCUCAGCACGGUCGGUCUCAGCACGGUCAACAGCGGCGGCUGCAGAAGUACCAGAGGAGACAUGUCUCUAUGCCAGGCCGCUAUACAGAAGCUGAUGGAAUACAUUCAGCUCAACUUCACAGAGGAAGGAGAGAUCCAGAGCACCGCCCUCCGACCCACGACGCCGUGUGGAGGUGUGGAUGCGGAGGUGCGAGCCGUGUGCCUCACCAAGCGAGAGGGGGACGGGGCAGAGCUGGGACUCAGUUUCGGUAACAUCCCUAUAUUUGGGGAUCCGGAGGGGGAGGACAGGAAGAAGGGAGGAGGGAGAAGGAGGAGGAGGAGGAAGGGGGAUCAGGGACCCGUGUUGGACGUGGGGUGUAUCUGGGUAACGGAGGUGAGGAAGAGAAGUCCCGCGGCGAGGUGCGGUAGAAUUAAACUACGAGACGAGUUGCUGUCACUCAACGGUCAGCUGAUGGUGGGCGUCGACGUCACGGGAGCCAGUUACCUGGCUGACCAGUGCUGGAAUGGCGGCUGCAUCUACCUGAUCAUGCUCCGGAGGAUCAAGCGUAAAGCCCCUCUCCCUCCAUGCAAUGGAAACGGCAACGCCACCGUCACUGGUGGCAGCGGUGGCAUCCAAGAUGGCCGAAACUCCCUGCACCAUAGGAGCAGCGUGUCCUCCGAGCCUCCUGACAGCCUUCCGACGCAGACCGGUUUCAGCAAACGGACACGAAAGUUUGGCAUCAUCGCUCGGUCGACGUUCAAUCGUGAUAGUAAAGAGCUGGGCCCUAAGAACGAGAGCUGGGACGAUGGCGGUGGGGAAACGCUGGAGAACGGUUACCGUGGCCACGGAGACUCUGCGAUCUCCAUGGACACGAGGGUCACGCCCCCAGAGCCUAGUAACUGCACAACUUCCAUGGACACGCCCCCAGAGGAGGAGCCAAGAGAACCGAGGACUGUUCUGCCCCCUCUAGCAAUCCCACAUCAUCUGCAGAACGGGGGAGGAACCGCCACCCUGCCGAAUCGCUUCCACAGAGGACUGUCAGAACACAAGACAGAAUCUCUCAGCAGUGAUGCCUCCUGUCAGCCCAAAGAGGGGAGUCUUAUCUGGAAGAUGCACAUGGUGAAAGGUCAGGAGGGUCUGGGCAUCCAGAUUACGGGAGGACGAGGGUCCAAGCGCUCCCCGCACGGCAUCAUCAUAGCGCACGUAGAGGAGGGAGGCGCCACACAGAGGGAUGGACGUCUGAAGGCUGGUGAUGAGCUCCUGAUGAUCAACGGUCAGUCUCUGGUCGGCCUGUCUCAUUCAGAGGCUGUAGACAUCCUACGCUCUACCGCUGGACUGGUACAACUGGUCGUCACUAGCAGGGAGGAGUCUGAAGUUGAUUUCCACCGGUAUCCGUCCACCAGCCUGCCGGACCUGGUCAGUACCUGCGCCUCGUCUUCCUCCUCUGCUUCUCCCAGCGACAAUCAGGAGAACAUGGAACCUCAUCACAGGCACGGAGUUUGGGAGGACCUCGCAGCCAGCAGCCUCAGCCUCUCUCGGUCUCGACCUACCACACUGACUGAUCUGGAGAAGCUAGAGGACCGAGGCCGGGUGGAAGGACAGAAAGAAACCUGCCGCUCUCCCACAUCCAUGAAGUUCAGGAGCAGAUCACAAGGGGGCGGUAGUCGUCUGGAGUCUGUUGGAGAGGAUGACGAGCUGAUUGUGGAGAAUGGAGAGGCAGGAAGUGACAUGGUGGACAAACCGACACGAGGUGGACGCAAACACUCCCUGCCUCAGCAGUUAGACACUGUAGGCAUCCGACAGGAGUACCAGAUAGUUAAGAAAUCAGCUCGCUCCCUGAGCACCUUUCAAGUGGAGUCUCCAUGGCGACUGGCCCAGCCGUCUAUUAUAUCCAACAUAGUCCUCAUGAAAGGACAGGGAAAGGGACUGGGGUUCAGCAUCCCCGGAGGUCAGGACUCUGCCCGAGGAAGGAUGGGGAUCUUUGUCAAGACUAUCUUCCCUAACGGAGCAGCGAUAGACGGACGACUGAAAGAGGGAGAUGAGAUUCUGGAGGUGAAUGGAGACUCUCUCCAGGGCCUGACCCACCAGCAGGCCAUCCAGACCUUCAAGCAACUGAAAAAGGGUGUGGUGACUCUAACAGUACGGACACGUCUCCGAAGCCCCAGCCUGACGCCAUGCCCCACCCCCACCCUUCUCAGCCGCUCCUCCUCCCCGAACUCCAACGCCAGCGGGGGCAACCCCACCCCAGUAACCACCACCUUCGCCGAACCCCCCGAAGCCCGCAAGGGACCCCCAGGUCCUGGCCCCAAAGACCGCAUCAUCAUGGAGGUUACACUCAACAAAGAGCCCGGGGUGGGUCUGGGUAUAGGGACCUGCUGUCUAACUCUAGAGAACAGUCCUCCAGCCAUCUACAUCCACAGUCUGGCUCCCGGCUCUGUCGCCAAGAUGGAUGGACGACUCAGUCGAGGGGACCAGGUCUUGGAGGUGGACUCUGUGAGUCUACGCCAUGUGGCCCUGAGUGAGGCCUAUGCUAUUCUCAGUGAGUGUGGACCAGGACCAGUCAGCCUCAUCAUCAGCAGACACCCCAACCCCAAGGUUUCAGAGCAGGAGAUGGAUGAUGUCAUCACUAGGUCUUCACACAGAGACAGUCUGAGUAAGGACGGACACGCCUCUCAAACUCUAGGCAUGCCUUCUAAGAGCCCCUCCCUCACAGUGAAGGCCAAACAGGCAGAUGGCUCCUCCCUCAGCUGGACCAUGAAGAGGUUCCUGGAGCCCGCCAGCAGGCAAGGGUCUCUGAGUUCGGAGGCGGAGCUAUCUCAGUACUUUUCCCAGGAAGUAACCAGUCAUUCGUCGCUGUCGGAAACCACUGCGAUGGGAUCCAGUGAUGACGACAUGCUCCACCACAGGAGCUGUAACACCUCAGUAGACGACACCCCCGCCACUCAGCCACAUGGGUUAAAAGAUGCCUCUGGUGUAGGAGUGGAGGUCAAAACAGAUGAUAAGGCUCCCGGUGUCCCGGUGUUGAACCGGCCAGUGGAGGCCACCCAGCGCCAGCCCAGCGUGUGUAGUCCUGGUAGCAGCUCCGUCCGCAGUCCACUGCUCCGACAGAGACGAGUCAUCUGCCGUGACGAUGAGGUCAGCGAUGAUGAAGAUGCUGUUACCCUGCCCUUCCGCCAGGUCGCUGGUCGUGUUACCGCCAUGGAGGUGGUUGCUGACUCUGGCAUCAUGAUCUCUACGUCAUCAGUAGAGUUGGACGAAGAGAGUGAAGGCCCACAUAUCCUGCUUCAUAGUAAUUAUCUGGAGUCACAGGAAGGGGUUGGUUUCGUUCCUUCCUCCGGCGCAGAAUCACCCUUCAUGCCUAUCCGCCGGUCGGACCACCACCAGACCCCCGGGGGAGGAGGAGGGUCUUUCCCCACGACAGGCCCCAGUAGCCUGGGUGUGAGGAUGGACCCUCAGGGCCCCCUGGAGCCCAAGCACUCCCCUAAGCUGGAACACAAAGCUGUGACACGCGUCAAGACUAUGCUGAGCAUCGAGACCCCGCCCAUCCAGCCAACCAAUCAGCAGAACCAGAACACCAAAGGAGAGGAGUGUCCGACCUCCUCAUCCUCCCAGUCUCUGGCCCCUCAGCCUGGGGUAGCCUCCAGCCGCUCCCUGGGACGGCCUGGUUGUAACCCCAACCUCCUCUGUAAGAAGGGCGAGGCCUGCAGCGAGCUGGCGGGGGAGGAGCCAGCUCACUGCACCAUCGACAAGGUGGUCCUGAGGAGGAGUGAGGAAGAGUCCUUCGGUCUGGACCUGGAGAUCAGAUCCUCUCCUCUGAAGGUGGUGAUCACUGGAUUGAGGCUUGGAGGAGCGGCCGAGAGAGAAUCCCGGGGCAGGAUGUGUGUGGGAGACGAGAUCGUGUCGAUUGGGGACACGCCCACGUGCUCCUCGUCCUAUCACGACAUCUGUGAGCUCAUGCACAACCUUCCCGUGACCCUCGCGCUGGAGGUCAAGAGGCCCAUGUCAGCUGUAGAUCGCCUGUCCAGCCUCAUGAUGUCAUCGGGGAGUUGUGAUGUCAUGGGUCCCUCCAAUGGGGGGGCUCCAAAUCCAGGAAGUCCCUCCUCCUCCUCCUCCUCCUCCUCACUGACCAAUCACAAUCCCAAACCCACAACCCCAAUCAACCACAACCACAGCAACGAUAUACCGGUCACCUACAUUGAUGACGUCAUGACCAGACUAAGCUCAUCCGAUGUAAAGAGCUCUUCCAAUACCCUCAAAGCCCCUUCAGAAGCACAACAAACUGAGACUAUGGCCUGUAAGUCAGCUGUAGACAGCAAGGCCCUGCCAGAGAAUGAGAAAAGCACGGUUCAGACUCCUCCAACAUUGCCCAGUCAGUUGGACUUCUCUGUCUUGGACUCUGGAAAGAAAUGCUGCCUCAUGCCUGUGGGUAAAACAUUCUUGAACAAUUACUCCAGAAACUUUAGCAGUAAUGUCACAGACGAGGGAAUGAAUGCUCUUUCAAAUAGGGUGGAGAGACCCCCCGGUGCCUCUGCUGCCGAUUCUAACUGCAACAUGUACGACAUGGUCGGCGACAGUGAUUCGGAGAGCGAAGACAGCCGUGGCGCUGCCGGCGAUAACAAACCGGCGAGCCGCAGUGUCGGCGCUGAGCCCCAGGACACGGAUUCUGAUGAGGAGGAAGUGGAGAUUUGUUACAGUGAGGCCCAGCGGCCCAGCACUCUGAGUCAGGCAGCGCUGACUCACCUAACAGAUGGGCCAUUGUCUCCACAGCUUCAUAUCUCUAUCUCUGGCUCUGACGGCAGCCACAGUACAAAGGAGACUAGGCCCUUUGAUGUAACACUAGACUCUGCUGCUUCCUCCUCCUCCACUGUCACUACUACUUCAGCGGCCUCCCAGCAAAACGAAGACUGCUCUGUUGUAACAACCCAAUCCAACCCCGAUCAGAAACCAUUCCCCUCACUGUCUCAGUGUCUGCCUGCCUCUGGCUCUCUAUCCUCAGGUGCCUUUCUGGCUGUGGAGGCCAAAGGUUCCCCUUGCCAAGAAAUGCCCUGCCAGUCUUCCAACGAUACAGAUUCUGUGCCCACUACAAGCCCUGCAGGGCCUUCAGAAAGUGGUGUCAACAGGGUUUGUGACACUGUUAUAACACAUCCAAUAAAACCCGGCCAUGCUCCUUCAUUAAGCGUCUGCAGUACCCCCAUUGCAGCGGCUAGCCACAACAUCGCGCGACAGAGUCAGGAGAGGUCAGCCCGACUCCGUACAAACGUUUCACCGGCUGUGGCUUUAGGAAAACUAUCUAACACACAAUCGUCAUCAUCCCACUCAACGGUGGGGGAGGCAAAUCCCUCCAACUAUAGCAAUGUCUGGUCAGGUGCAUCUAAACCAUUGUCAACAUCGCUAACAACAAGAGACAGUCAGAGAGAGAAAGUUCCCUCGUCAAUAUCGCUGACAACAAGAGACAGGGAGAGAGAGAAAGUUCCCUCGUCAAUAUUGCUAACAACAAGAGACAGGGAGAGAGAGAAAGUUCCCUCGUCAAUAUCGCUGACAACAAGAGACAGGGAGAGAGAGAAAGUUCCCUCGUCAAUAUUGCUAACAACAAGAGACAGGGAGAGAGAGAAAGUUCCCUUGUCAAUAUCGCUAACAACAAGAGACAGGGAGAGAGAGAAAGUUCCCUCAUCAACAUCGCUAACAACAAGAGACAGUGAGAGAGAGAAAGUUCCCUCGUCAACAUCGCUAACAACAAGAGACAGGGAGAGAGAGAAAGUUCCCUCAUCAACAUCGCUAACAACAAGAGACAGGGAGAGAGAGAAAGUUGCCUCAUCAACAUCGCUAACAACAAGAGACAGGGAGAGAGAGAAAGUUCCCUCGUCAACAUCGCUAACAACAAGAGACAGGGAGAGAGAGAAAGUUCCCUUAACAUCCCUGGACCUCAGGUUGGUCCAGAAUAACCCUAAUAGUCCCUCUCUCAGGACAUCCGGUCCCAAAUCAGUCAACAACAUUUCAACAGACAGUCCUCUAUCCAGCAGUAGCAGCAGGCUCAGAGUCAAUGACAAAGUCCAGAAGACCAGCAGCACUGCACCCAAAAUGAAGGGGCUCAACAUCAAGAGUAAAACCAAACCCCUGGAGCAACUUUCCCCAAAACCAUCCAGAGCAGAAAGUCCGUCGGUUCUGAGGAAAGCCAACAACACUUCUCCGCUCCAGUCCCCCAAACUGCAAGCCAAGAAGGUGGGCUCCCCCCUGCAAACCAGGAACGUGGAUUCCCCUCUGCUUACCAGAAAGGCAGCCGUAACCAGCAGCCUAAAGAGUAAACAGCAAGACCGGAGCAGCAGUAGUAGCCCUGCCACGCCCGUAACAGAUGGAGGCCAGGACAACCCCACAACCACUACUACACCAGAACCAAUCAGCCAAUCACAAUCAACUACCAAGAUAAAGGUAGAGGAGCAACGUCUACACAAAGAGGUGGAGCAAGGGAUUUUGGCGGUGGCCAAGUCAAAAGAACGACCAGAGCCAGUCCAAACUACCCAGAGGACCUUCAUUGAGGUGCGACUCUCAUCCUCAUCUCCCUCCUCCACGCCUACACCAGUUCUGGCACCAAAGGAAGUUGUGUAUUCAAACGAUUACUCAAUUCCUCAUACCAAAAAUAUUUCUCAACACAAGGAUCAGGUCAAUGGAAAUCCAGUAGAGACCAGUCUAUGGUCAGGAACCCCUACAACCCCUGGCUCGGUGUGUAAUCUUGAAAAAGCCAACAACACUACCAGUGAAUCAGCAGUGAACUCGAUAGUCCUAGAAUCCGUAGAUGGGGUUCCUUUGCCUAUGAGCAAUGGUCCCAUAGACAUCUCUCACAUGAACUGUAGUAUAACAGAGACGGCUGAAACUGAGAGCCUCAAAGCAAACAAGUCCAAACUGAAGGCGAUGGAGCGUCGUAGUUUCUCCACAGACAACAGCGUCUCAAGGGACCCAAACCCCUUCUCUGUCCGCCAGAGGAUCAAGUCCUUUGAGAACCUGGCAAGCUUCGACAAGCCAGUGCUCAAAUGCAUCGACAUCCAGUCCUUUGCUCAGUCCUAUGCUCUGACGGCAACGUUGAAGCCGCCUCUCAACCGCAGACUGUCUGGCUACAUGUCUGGAUCGGUGAGCUCCAUAGACUGUCGUUCGCUACGAAGGAGCUUCAGUUCGUGCAUCGACAACUUCAACGCAUUAACCCCCUUGACCCCAAUGUCGCCUCAGCUUCGCAAGUCGCCGUCGAGCCUGACCCUCACAAACUUUGACCUGUUGACGCAAAGCUGCAGCACUAGCGAAGCUCCCCUCGGACAUAUCCAGGACAAACUUGGAGAUGGAGAAAGUCCCAGAACCUCCCCAGGAGUUGUAACCCUAACCCCUCAGACGCCUCCGGUAAUGCGGAGUCGCCAGGCCCGAGGUCAUGCCAACCUGUCCCGGUCCAGACUGAGGGAGCUCAGGGCCCUUAGCAUGCCCGACCUGGACAAGCUCUGCACCGAUGACUUCUCCAGCGACCCAGGGACCAACGCCACCAUUAAGACGUCGCUGGAGAUACACCCGGCCAGGCCCACAGAGGUCGUUCAGAACCAAACAGGGGGCUGUUCCCCGCCUGCUAACCCCACCGGGGUGCACCCGACCAGGGCCAGCUGGGCGGGUGCCGGGGCCAGCCUGGACCCCAUUCAGAGGAAAACCAACUGGCAACAGGCAGAUAUUCAGAACUGGUCCAUCAGUUUGACAGUGCUGGCUGGCUCUCCGGUGGAGCAGAGUAAGCUGCAGGCGGUCCUGGCCUCCGUGACCACCAAGACAGACGUGUUGGCACUGCUACAGGAGGCCAAGGCUCUCUCUGAGGAUAAAGAUGAUACCCACUUUGUAGUCUUCUCUAAAGAAGAGGGAUCUGGACUUGGUUUCAGUAUCGCUGGUGGAAUGGACCUUGAGCAGAAGUCCAUAACUGUCCAUCGGGUGUUCUCUAAAGGCGUGGCCGGCCUGGAAGGAACCAUUCAGCGUGGGGACAGUAUCCUGUCCAUCAACGGCAGCAGCUUGGAGGGGAUGUCCCACGUAGAAGCCGUGUCCUGUCUCCACCAGGCUAGACUGUCCACUCAGGUCCUGGUGGUUAUUCGCAGGGGGAAGGACAGUGAAGGACAGAUGUCCCCGAGACAACAUGACCUGUCCCACCACACUGGAAGAAGCUACGCCCUGGGAUGCAGAGAGAACUGGCCUGAGACGACUAGAUCUGUUAUGGGACUGGGAGUGGUGGAGGUGGGUCCUGACGGGGCUCUGAGGGUGGAGCUGCUGAAAACGUCAGCUGGUCUAGGCUUCAGUCUGGAGGGGGGCAAAGCCUCGGCACACGGAGACCUACCCCUCAACGUUAAACGAGUCUUCAAAGGUGGUGCUGCGGAGCUGUCGAGGGUGGUGGACGUGGGGGACGAGGUACUGGAGGUCAACGGACGCUCGCUGCAGGGCCUCAUGCAUUACGACGCCUGGAGCAUCAUCAAGGCCGUCGGCGAAGGCCCCGUGCAGCUUGUCAUCAGGAAACCGAGGACCUCUGUAUGACAGACAUACAACAGACAUAUAGAACUAACAUGAAGAACCAGACGUACCUCGUAGAACACGUAUGUCAGCUUGAGGUGACAUAAUAUAUAAUCCAGGACCUCUGUAUGACAGACAUAUCUCAGAGAACUAUAUAUAUAUAGCUACGAUGGCUGAAAUGUUAUUAUCAUGACAUAUUCUGAUGAAACGGACAGACAUUGGAAAGCGGUUAUUUUGUUAAAGCAGACUGCAAUUCGGUCCGGAAUGUCAAAUAGAGUGUCGAAACCAGACCGUGGAGUGUGAAG